AUGUCAUCAGAGUCAGAAACUAAACAACUACGAAUACAUAUAGGUAACAUAUCACCAAAGCUAAAAGAAAACUCAAACCUACUAGAAUCACGAUUCAAUAAAUUCAAUUUUAAUAUCAUAAAACCAUUUGAAUUUCAUACAAAACCAUUAGAAUUAAAAUAUUUUGCAUUCAUAACAAUAGAAACCACCAACAAAGAAUUUGAAAAAUUUAAAAACUCCCUUAAUGGAGUAGUUUUCAUGGGAUUAAAAUUAAGUAUUAAUUUAGCCAAACCUGAUUUCAAAGAAAGAUUUAAAAUUAUAAAAGAUACACCAAAAGAUCUUGAAAACCAAAUAAAACAAUCACAAAUAGUAGCUUCAAGAGCUAAAAGAAUAGAAGAAUCUCAGAACAAGUACCCUACAAACUCAAUUACUUCAUCAAUUUCAACUGCACCAUUAUCAACUCCUAUAUAUUCAAAAUCAGAACACAUAUAUCAAAACAAAUCAGCAAAUACAAAAAACGUCCCACCAACAACAAGACUUAACGGUUCAACAUCAUACGGAUCAACAUUAAAUUCACUUUACUACAAAUAUUCGAAUGGUAAAUCCCAUUCAGUACAAAAGGCAGUUCAUAGAAAAACACCAAGAAAAGAACUUCAAUUAAGAUCACAAACUUUAAGAAUAUUAAUAAAUGGUGAAUUAAAGCAAUUUAAAUUUUAUAAAACUAAAUUAUGGGGGUUUGAUCAAAAUAAAACAGUUAGAGAUUUAACUUUUAAAUAUGAUAAUGGAAAUUGGAAAAGUGGUUAUGAUCAUAUAAUUGAAACUUCUUGUGGUAUAAAUGGUAAACAAGCUUUAAAUUAUGGUAAAGAUACCGCAAUUCCUCUCGACAUGCAACAACCACUACCUUCUCAUGUUGAAUCAGAAGAUACAGAAUUAAUUAAAAACAAAUCAGUAUUAGCUUCCAUAUUAUCAAAUUAUGAUUUUACAAAACCAAUUGAAAUUGAAGAAGAUAACGGGAUUGUACAAGAUGAUAUUGAAAUUGAUUCAAAGGGGAGGAAAAAAGUUAAACAUUAUGAUUAUGAAAUUGAAGGUAAAGCAAAUGAGGAAAGUGAUGAUGAAGAACAACCACAAAAACAAAUUAAGAAACUCACAAAUUUUAAUGAUGUUAUUCAAUCAAGUGGUGAAAUUUCUUUCGUACCGCAAAAAGAAAUAUAUUAUGAUGAAGAUGAUGAAGGUAAUGAUUUGGAUUUUGAUACUUUAAAACCUAAUAGAGUGUCAGAGGAUGAUGAUACAGAAAUUGUAGAGGAUGAAGAAAUAAAUAAAGAAGAGGAAAUACAGGAUCAAGACAAUGAAGCAAAGGUAGCUGAAAACAAGAAAUCAGAGAAAGAAAUAUCAGAAGAAAGUUCAGAGGAAUCAGAAGAAGAAGAAGAAGAGAGAUCAGAGGAAAUAGAAUCAGAAGAAUCAGAAGAAGCAGACGAAGAAAAAGAAGGAGAGAAAGCAGAACUCACAAGAAAAGUAGAGGAAGAUGAACAAGAAGAAGAGGAAGAAGAAGAAUUUAUACCAACUUUUGGCUCAAACUCAACCAGCAACAAAACAACAAGCAAUACAGAAACACUCAGAUCACUAUUCAAUCCAACAACAACAACUUCAACAACAACAAACAUAAAUGAUCAAGAAUCUAAUGGAUUCAAAUUAGCAUUAUCAGAAGAUGACGAAGACAUAGACACCACAAAACCAUCAGAAGAUCAAGACCAAUUACUAAAACAAAUCCAAAAACAACACCAACAAGAACAACAAGAACAACAAGAGCAACAAGAUCACAUUCUUAAAAAAUCAAAAGACGUUGGAUUAUUUUGGCCACAUUUUGAAUCACCUUUUUUAAGUACUCAAUCACAAUUUAGUAAAAUUGGUAAUAUUCAAAACUUUGAUCCUUCAAAAUUUCAAUUACCUACUUUAAAAGAAGGUGAUUCAAUUAAUAAUGGUAAUGAAGAUGAAACAGAUUAUGAAAAAUGGUUUUGGUCUAAUCGUGGGGAAUUUUCAAGGGAAUUUAAAAGACGUAGACGUGAUGUUAUUAGAAUUUUGAAAAAGAAACAAAAAUAG